UCGGCUUUUGGUGGGAAGUCGCACCGGACCCUUCCAAAAUUACUCGUUUUUGGGUCUUUCAAGGACCACAGACCUCAACCUCGACCGCCAGCCAUGUCUGUGGAAAUCGGCGGCAGCGAUGGGGCCCGGUCUGGGACUAGGAGCAGCCGUAGUUCCUCCUCGGUGGCGGAGACCAUGCAGAUCGGUGACGGACCGCAACUACGGCGCCAGCGCCCGAGCCGCCCGAACCCACCGUACCGGGUCAGCAACCGGUUGCUUACUGCCGUGGAGCAGCGACUCCGGACCAGUUCACUACGCCGUGCCGCCUUGUUGCGUAAGCUGAGGCUACAGCGGAGCCUGGAAUUUUACAGUGGACUGAGAGGCAGCCAGGCAGGUCCUGCUUCCGUGUUCGGUUACCAUCCCGCCGCGAACAUCGACCAUCCGGUCUUUGGGAAUUGGUAUGGCUUGGGAAUGCUGGCCAGUCAUGACGGCGAUGAGGAGGAGCUGGGUAGCCACCACUGGGAGCCAGCUAUGCUCCACUUCCAGCAGUACCUGGGACAGAGGCAACCCUGCCACCACUCAUCCAGGUCCUUUUUACUCAGCCUGGACCGAAGACACCUGAAGCUGGUUGGCGAUCUGCUAUACGGAUGGGGUCUGAAGGAGGCCUUGCGACUGGGACUUAACGAGGUAUUUUCUUUGUUCCACUCUUAGGCCACGCGGGUCGAUAAUAAAAUUAUAAGUCGUUUUCAUGGGUCUUCCCAAA